GCGCGUAGAGCGUCGACUUUCAGUCAGGCGAUUGCCGAGGCGACCGUGCAGUCAGGGUCAUCGUGAGAAGCUGCGUGGAGCUAUGAGUGGCUAUCUGGGCAGCUUAAGCGACCGCCAGCAAGCUGCGUUAGACCAGUUUCGCAAUGCGGUGGAGGACGUGCGGAGGGCCACGGACACGGACGCAUUCCUACUUCGCUGGCUGAGAGCGCGGGACUUCGACGUGACCAAAGCGGAGAAAAUGUACCGUCACCACCUCGAAUGGAGGAAAGAGAAUGGACUGGACGACAUUCUGCACAGUUAUGAGAUGCCUGAGCUUGUGAAGGAGAACUUUCCUGGCGCAUUUCUGCACCCAGGAAAAGACGGUCGGCUUGUGUGGAUAUGUCCAAUGGGCCUUGAAAUUCACGCGUUUCUGCAGUUGUUGACACCCAGCGUUGUGAGGAGUCACAUCGUCUACCUCAUGGAGGAAUCGGAAUUCAUAAAGCGCGAUUCCUCAAGCAAGACUGGGAAAGAAAUACAUAGUCACUACUUUGUGGCUGACAUGGACAAGUUAAGAUUGCGACAGGUAUACUCUUGGCAAGUCUUAAAAGCUGCAGGCUACACUCUACAUCUAAUGGAAGACCAGUACCCCGAGUGCGUCGAAAAGUUCAUCGUCAUCAACGCUCCAAGCUUUUUUCCUAUGCUAUGGAAAUUUUUGCGAACGCUAAUGACCCAGAGAACAGCCGACAAAUUUGAAGUCUACGGAAAAGAAGACGGUUGGAAGGAACGUCUCCUGGAAAUCGUGGAUGCGGAGAUCUUACCCGCCCACUGGGGCGGGAACAUGCUGGGGCCCGACGGAGACCCGAUGUGCAGGCACAAGGUGAACUACGGAGGCCGAUUCGAAGAAGGCGCAACGACUGCAUCGUACGACUCCGUGUUCGAUGAAAAGGACGCACAGCAGCAGACAAUAGGCCGCCGGGAUCGCUGGGAGCUGCCGGUGGACGUGGCCGAGGCGGGGGCGCGGCUCAACUGGCGUUUUCAGACGGCCGCCGGCGACUUGGCCUUCGGUCUGCGCAAUCACUGCGGCCAGUCCCUGGUACCCCUGCAACGCCUUGGAGCAUGCAGCCUCGUGCCACAAGAAGGAACCUGGCACUGCGUCACUCCCGGAACGUAUGUGCUCGAGUUUGACAACACCUACAGCUGGCUGAACGACAAGACGCUGGCGUACAUUGUGAACGUGGACUACCCAGAGAAGUUUCCUUGACUGCCAAUAAACCACGGAAGAACUAUUCGCGACUUCCUAUAAGUGAAGGGUAUCGUGAUCAUUCCUUGUGGUCCCUUGGCUGGCCCGAUGAUACGCGAAGUCGUCAUUGUCGUAUAACAAGCCACGUAAGCUUUGCUGAAACCACACCGGUUCCUUAAACGGACAUUGGAAAGGAACAUUAAAGAGGCACUAAAAAUGAAAAAGAAAACAUAUUUCUGCCGUAAAAAAGAAAAGAAAAAGACAUUGUUACCCUGAGAAGGCUCUUGGUACGACAGAAAAGGCGCAAUAACGAAAGACACCUGUUGCGAAGCCGUCGUGAACGUCUCGGAACAGCUCGCCGGGACGUCACAAAUUUUUGAGGGCGUCUGCUCGCCCUUAGUGAGUUUUUCAUGGGUAAGGGUUCACUACAGUGUAUUCUAAAACAGCCAAGGACUGAACUUGGCACGUUCCCAGAGGGAGAGAGAAACGAAGAGGGAAAGAGUGGGAGGUUAACCAAAGACGUGCCCGGUUGGUCACCCUACACUUGCGAAGGGAAAAGGGAAGAAUGGAUGAGGAGAGAAAAUAAAAAUAAUAGUAAUUCACAGUCAGUCGUAGAGGAAUCUCCACUGUCACGAGCGUUCAUACAAUGCAGUGCCCUUCAAGAGACGCAGAAGGGCUCUUGUGGCAUUUUGCAUGUAAGAACGCAUAGGCCUUGGUCCAAGGGUUUCUUCUUCUAAGAGCGCUCUAUUGUCUAGCAGGUUAAGUUUCGCUUGUAAAGUGCGUCGCUGAGUCUCGAAGGAUGGGCAGUGACACAAACGGUGCUCCAGAGUCUCCCGCGCGAAUUGCAGGAAUGAAUAGGAAUUUGUAAACGCAACGCCCAACCACAUUGCGACACAGUAAAGUUGUUUCGCGACGUGAGAGUUCAGGUGGCAGGCUAAGUCGCAGGUUAAGGCCGAGAGAGUGAAAGCGUGAGUUGGUGGAACCCGGUGAUAUUCCGUCGGAGAAGUGCAAUGAGACGAGCAAGUGAGUGAAGUUGUCGCGCAGCAUCGGUCCUUGAAAGUGAUACAGGAACGCGCGUUUUUUUUUUUUUUUUUUUUUUUUUUACCGAACGCGCAGCUUCAUCUACGCUGUUGUUGCCGACAGUGCCGCAAUGGCUCGGCAACCAUUGAAAUACAGUGUCGUUAGCUUUAUCGAGCACGUGAUGAUGGGCGCGUCUUAUUUCGUACACAAGCUGCUCGUGUAACCCAUGAAGUAGAGCAAACUGCAGAGUUUGUAGGGCUGCUUUGGAAUCGAAGAAAAUGGCCCCCAACUAUUUGGUGGCUGCUAGAGCACGCACUUGAAUGCACCUUGAAUAGCCGCGAGUCCUGCUGCUAUCGACGUGGUAUCGUGCGAAUAUUUAAUUUGCAAAGCGUUCAGUAGUUGUUCCGAUGGAACAACUACGGCUCCGGUAGAGCUGUUGUAAUUGGUGGAACCGUCCGUGUUAAUGUUUGUGCGGUCAAAGUAAGACUCGUUGAGGAGAAGCAGAGACGACUGCUUCAGGGCUAGCGGGGACAAUCCUGCCUUCUUAGCAAUUCCAGGAAUUGAGUGGCACACGUGAAUUUGCCGGAGACACCGCAGUUUCGACAUUGGGCGUUUCGCAGGCUGGAAGCCAGAUUGUAUCGAGUCAUGGUGUCUCUUCACAAUACCACAGAAUGUAACUUGUGGUCUUCGCACUGGCAAAUAGGCUAAAUUGUGGGAUAGUAGCCAUGAACGGUGUCGAAUGUGCGCUGUUAGCGUCUCACCCAUGAGUGGCGAUAGGGUGCUCCCAGGCAAUGACAAGCGUUGCAGCGGUCGAAGAACAUAGGCCAAGACAUGUCCGAAGUAAUUGACCUUGUACGCUCUGUAGUGCAAGGAAAUUAGUCUUGCAUCUGUUGGACCAAACGGGAAGACUGUAUCGCAAAAAUCUGAGAAAAUGUGCCGUGUAUAGUUGUUGUAAGGCGGCCUGCGGCGUGCAUCAAAGACGCCGUCAUCCGCCGCGGCGCCACCAGUCGGGGACUGUUGUCCGGGAUCGGCAUAGAACAUGCGUGAGGAACGCGCUUCGAGCGCCGUCGCCCGUCGAAACCGACGUGUCCCGUCCCCGACAGCUAGCGCCGUUCGGCCCAGCCAAGCAGCCGAGGAUGCAACUAUGGCUGAUACAUUCGCUCCCAUUGCCGCUCGCCUGACGUGCAAGGCCACACCUUUUUCUUUUUUUUUUUUUUACCCAGCACCCUUGGUUGUAACAUGGAGCUCAAGCACGGCCCCACGAUUUUCCAGCAACGACUUUGAACAUAUAUCCUGUUCGGCUACGCGCAUAUACACUCCAACUCAAUGAAGAACGCUAAAGUCAGCCCGUCCAUACGUAUACGUCCGUCCGUCCGUCCGUCCGUCCGUCCGUCCGUCCGUCCGAGGCCUAUAUGAAGCAAACAGUUAAUGAAGCCAAGGAAAGCAAAGGGGAAAUAUAUCUGUUGUUUUUAAUUGGAGUGUGCCAAUGAUGAACUAAGUGAAAACGCAACCCAA